AAAACCAGCAGGCUCCGACCUCGUAGGGUAAGAGUUGAAUACUCCUAGCAUGCAAACUCCGCCCAAUUUGCCAGUCCGGUGCACACUGUCACACGACAUGGAAUUAUAACUCACUCGCUGGAGUAAAUCCUGUGUUUGCUUUUGUUUUGUUUAUCUGAACGUGAGGCACAUGUAUUGUUUUCUCAGGUAUGGAGACAACUGCUCGACAAUUCUGGUGAACGUACCUUUGGAAUUCAGUGCGAGUUUUGGGGAGGCGCGCUCCAUCAGAAUUACGCAAUGGACAACAUGAUUUUGAAACGUAUGGAAUUUCUCUUGGUUCUACAAUACUUUAUUCCUUUGAUCACUCCAGAGGUUGCAGUUGAGAAAGAGUUGGUGAAGAACUUCCAGUGUUCCCUCUACUCCUCUAAGGCCAUGAACUGCAGCUGGCUUCCUGCCAAUCAGACCGGAGAUGACCUCCAGCUCUACUACUGGUACCCUGGUGAAUCCCACAAAACAGCAUGCAGUGACUACAAGGACAGAGCUGGUGAGAAGACAGGAUGUCGCCUGAGAGGAGACUUCCUUGAACAUGAUGUCUACUUCCACUUCAAUGGGACUCUCAAUGGUGUGUCUGUACAGAAAACCUUCCGGGUGUGUCCUGUACAUUAUGUCAAGCCCCCGGCCCCUAGGGUUAAGAUCACAGAGGAAGGAAAGGAUCUCAUUCUGAGCUGGGACCCUCCGGACUUAGCCGCUCACCACUGCUGGGUUUACAUCUUAAACUACAGCAAGUGUCAAGAGUUUCUGAGUAAGGAGAUACGAUACGAAUAUGAUAAUGUAGCUGUGUACGUGCCGUACGACCUGAGAUGCCAAUACAGAGUCCAGGUUAAAGCAGUAUAUCAGGAGUCAUGUGGGGCAGGAGGGAGCGACUGGAGCCAUGUUGAACUUUAUGGUGUGGAGGAUCUUCAUGUUGAUUGGUCGAUGACUGUGUUUGCCAUCCUCAUUCCAGCUGCAGUUGGCCUAUUCAUCAUCCUGUUUCUUUGUUGUUUCAUGAAGCACAGAGAGAAGCUUUUCCCCAAAAUUCCACAGCCUUCCUGGAUUUUGAAGGACAUGCUGAUCAGCAAUAAGGAACAGAAGAGCUCCAUAGGGAAUCUCUAUGUCCCGGUAGAGGAGGAGGUGGAAUGUAAGAUCAGCCUAGAGAAAGACCCUCCUCUUCUCAUGAUGCAGCCUGACCCCUGAGAGACUACACACUGACCCAGUUGUGAUUACUACAGUACAGACAGAUGCAUCCGGUAUGACCUGGGAGCCAGGUGAUUUCAGUGUCAUUGACCGACACUCAGAGCAAGCCAUGUUAAGGUGGACCCCAACUGCAUUGCUGAAGAAUGACAGGACUUGGAGCUCCGCAGUCGAUGGACCACUUUAACGAGUUGGACACAGACGGAGAGUGUGUGGAGUAUGGACUGUGGAGAGUAAACUCCGGAGAGUAGACUCCUUUUCCUGUGUUUUUCCUAGGACUGUUUUGAGGCGUUGACGCAAUGACUCCUGUAUUGUU